UUGAUUUUUACGUCACCCUUCAUUCAAGUCGCUACCACGGCGGCGCUACAUUUAAACCUUAAGUACAAAAUAAUCCGGUAGUUAAAAAUUUGCUGUUAAAGUGUCAAUAGAAUGUGACCACGUUGCUGUAUUUAAAACAAAUCUUUUUAAGCCAUAGGAAAACCGUGCGCGCAUAUAGAAUAUUUUUUUCUAAUACGUGAAAAGGAUAAAAUAAGCUAUGGCUGCCCCUAUCAAUUUGGACAAGCCUAGAUGGGAUCAAAGUACGUACACGGGACGUGCCAAGCAUUUCCUUUUGAUGACAAACCCUCUGAACUUCUUCGCUUCUGAGAGGAGCCUUGACGAAGCCAAGAGGGUCGUUGAUGAAUAUAGGAAAACAAAACAAAUGCCCGCGGGUUACGAUGAGGAGAAGCUAUGGGCAGCGAAGUACCUUUACGACAGCGCUUUCCACCCCGACACGGGGGAAAAAAUGACGAGGAUUGGGCGUAUGUCCGCCCAGGCACCCAUGAAUACCCUGAUCACGGGAUGCAUGAUAACGUUUUAUAAGACAAAGCCUGCAAUCGUUUUCUGGCAAUGGUUCAAUCAAACGUUUAACGCUAUAGUUAACUACACUAAUCGAUCAGGAGACGCGAAAAUCACGACUAAGCAGCUAUUGGCAUCAUACUGUUGUGCGUGCGGUGGUGCUUUAGGUACUGCCCUGUACCUUAACAGCAAGGUUAAGAAUAUGAAGCCUAUAUUCGCACGGUUGGUGCCUUUCGCUGCUGUGUGCGGCGCUAACUUUAUCAACAUCCCCAUGAUGAGGAGCAAUGAGGUUAUAAACGGUACGCCAGUAUUCACCCCUCAAGGUGACAGGAUCGGGGACUCUAGGAUCGCUGCUCGAACUGGAAUCUUCCUCGUCUGUAUAUCCAGGGUCGGAAUGGCACUUCCCGGAAUGACUAUAACUCCAAUGAUAACUGACUAUGGUACGAGGCGGGGUUGGUUCAAGAGGUAUCCGAUGUCAGUGAUGCCGUUCCAACUGCUCCUGGUGGGUCUGUCCCUGACCGUGUGCACUCCGCUGUGCUGCGCUCUGUUCGAACAACAAGCCAGUCUCCCAGUCGACAAGCUGGAUCCUGAUCUGCAGGAAGUCGUGAAGGAUAAAUUCCCCAAGGAGACCCAUGUGUACUACAACAAAGGCCUGUAAGCUGUCAUCAAACCUAACCUACCUUGUUUAGAUGUUAAUGACGCAGCGAGUUUAGAGAACACUGCCCGUUUUCCUAUAUUUCUACCAUUCAACCUUAAUACGAUGUGCUCUUCAAGGACUGUUACUGUUGUAAGAGCGAGAUGCCACUACCUGCUGUGUAAUGCGCGUCUCGCUUCCACAAUAGUCAUGAUUUAAGAGCACAUGGUAUAUAGGCAUAAAACAUACCUACGAAAGUGACCCGUGACGAAUGGAGGCAGGAACGGGGUGAAGAUGUUAAGUGUCACAUUAAACCUACGAGUCAUGGUUAAUUUGAGUUGGCAUGUGCUGACUGCACAUAUGUUCACUUUGUAACAUGGUAGGCGUGUCGCCCACUUGUAAGUUGAGGCAUGGUCAAGAAAGAAUGUUCGUGAACAUCUGCCGCGACUUCGUCUCAACUCUGUUUUGCCUGUGACGUGACUCUAGUGUGUCUGCACUGUCUUUUAAUCCUGAAGCAACUGUAGAAGCGAUGCGCCGCUGCGCCCUCGUCUUGUGGGCGACGCGCCUUAUCCAACACAAUCUUUGUCAAUGAUAGAUAUAGUCAAUUAUGCUGAUUGUAGAAGAAAGUUAUCGUAUACAAUGUGUAAUCUGAUUGACAUGUAUUAAAACGUUGUGUUUUUUUUGUUAGAACUGCAUUGGACGUCUAUACAAACGUCAAACUGUCUGUGCCACGAUGUCCUUAUUAUUCCUUGAUUCCGAUGCGCGUUUUUAAUGGAUGCUAAUUAUUUAUAAAACCCCAAACCGUAUGAAGUAGUUUACAUUGUAAUUUAGUUUAGAAAUCGUUGCUGCAUUAAAUCGAUCGUUUCACUGAUACCCACAUUAUGCGGUCGAGGCCAAAAUAACUCUGUUAUCAUAUUCAUGUAACGAAUUCCAUUCACAGUUUUUAUUUUUCAUAGUUAUAUUCUAAAAUGUUAAUGUAGGUAAUGUUCUGUAGAAAGUUUCGGGUGUCAAUGUGGAAAUAAUUGAUGUGAAGGAGCAGAGCGCCUACCACUGCCUCUUAAAGUAAUAUUUUUUCUGGUGGGGAAGGGAGAUGGCGCUCUACGCCAUGUAUUGCGCUGUCCCCCUUCCACAGCCUUAAUUAUAUUACUUUAAGACGUGGCAGUAGAACCCAGGGACCCAAUUCUGCUAUUAAUGUAAAUAACAGAAUCGGGGCCCAGGACCAAGAACGCUAACGCUGACGGAUCGAUCAAUGUAUUGAACUAACAAUUCAAAGUCAAUUCACUUGUGGAAAAAGAAUUUGAAUUUUCUAUUUAUGACUACGCUGAUAUGAACUAAAAUAGCUUAGGCCCCAGAUGUGAAUGCGUUAUGCUUUAAACAUUAAAAAUACAGACUUUUAUAAACAUUCCUAAGUUUGCUUUUUUAUAUUUGUUAAGCUCAAUAUAUUUGGUUGUGCGCCCCGUAGAUCUUUAGUAAGGGGUAUUUAUGAGAAUUAUUUUAGCAAUAAUAUAAUGUGCAAUAACAUUCCAAAGAUUAUUUAGUAACUUAAUUGAUGUAUUGUACUAGAUAUAAAUAAUAUUCUGACAAUAAUUCAUUGUAAGACUUGAUCUUGUUAGUCAAUGGAUAUGCGCAUGUAAUGCCGCUAACAUGAGAUGAAUUGAAUCAAAGAUGUAUCAAAUAAAUAUGAAUGUUUAUU